AGGCUACUACUGUUCAACUCGGAGGCGCAGGUGUCAAACCGAAACUGCCCGCAUGUAAAUUUCAUAUUCAGUUUUCAAGACAGUGCUUACACUACGCAUAACAAGCUAAGAGUUUCGGCGAGCUCUUCCUGUUAUCAGUUUAAAAAUAGUAGCAGUAGCCUAUAUCUCUGACAAUAGUGAAUUGAAUUCAGACAGUGAUCAUAUUCACUGAAGUUCUUGCAUAAGUGAUGCCUCAAAUCACGUCAGGUGUGAUCUUGCAGCUGACGGUGCUGUUGUCAGCUUUACCUGCGCAAUAUCUCAUCUCCAGGUGGACGAGCGGCACCGCGGCACAACGACACAUCGCCACGCGGAGCAUCCUUGACACAUGGGACUCUAUGAGAGGAUCCUACUUGAACUCGACUGCUUGGGUCGACUGGCUAAAUACCUGGAUUCCUACACUACCGUCCUUCGGAGAGGGAGAGGAGCAGUUCCCAACUCUGGAAGAAGCACUCGCAAUCGAAAAGUUGAUGCAUGAUAAUGAGCAAGGCUACUUUGGACUCUCAAGGGAGGUGCGAAGCCCCAGGCCUGCUUACGUGCUGCACCGUGUGGGUCAAGUUAUCGUGGAGACACAGAAUAAAAUGGUUGGGGUGAUAGUGGGCUGGGAUGCAGGACUCAGAGCUCCGCCAGAGUGGAUCAAGAGAAAGAAAUUCUCACACUCAGAGCUUGACAGAGCCAAGGACACUCCUCAUUACAGAAUUCUGUUCAGUGGGCCUGAUUCCUCAUCACUACUGAUCGGAUACAUUCCCCAGAAUAACGUGAAUCUCCUUCAAGGCUUUGAGCCGGAGAUUCCCACUCUAGAACGCUAUUUUUCACACUUCGAUGGAGAAAAGUUUGUUAUGGAUGAAUGGUUGAAAGAAAUCUACCCUCACGACUGAAGGAGUAGAAAAACAAGAUGUUUUAAAAACACCUGGAAUCACAGAUAUGAUGCCUGCUACUCUUCACAGACAGUAUUGGUUCAUUUAAAGCAAUGAAAAAAAAGGAGGCGAGUACAUUUGAGAGAUAGUAUAUCUUGUUUACAUACCCCAUAUGCAUUUACACUGAGCAAUUUUAGUUAUUAAAGCAUAGAGCUUAAAAAAAACCUAAAUGCAAUUUUUAUUGUCGCUUUUAUAUUUUUUAAAAGAUAAACGUCUUAAACGAUUUUGCAAGGGAUAUGUAAAGUUAUGAGCAAAACUAUUUUUUUUAUGUCAAAGUGAAAUGAUAGACUAUUUAAUGUUUUUAUAAUAUGCCAUUGGAUCAAAAUGUAUAGGCCUACAUGUUGAUCUGACACAAAUGGGUUCCAGGAUAUGAAUGAAUUUAGAUGUCAAUAUGAUACAGCCUUGCCUAUUUAUUUAGAUGAACAAAAUAUAAGGAUGUGUUGUGUAAAACAGUAUUGAGAAUGUAAUAAACAGUGUUCAAAGUUAAUCCAUACCCUUAUAUUAAAGUUUAAUUUAUUUAAAAUA